GACUUCACUCAAGGCGUGGAAAGCGAGACUUGAACGGUGAGAAUGGUUUAAACUUAUUCCUGAACUCAGAGAAAAGAAACGCUGAAAUAUGCCACAUGCCACGAAAGCGAAAUAUGGGAUCUAUCAACAGUCAGAUCUGUCAAAAAAUAAUGAAUGGCAUUGAAGCUGCGUGUUGAUGAAUGAUUUGGAUGAGAACCCAGGACUCUGUGAAUGCACAUUCGAAAGAAAAAAAGAAGAAGAAGAAAAAACUUCUUGUAAACACCUAGUGCAUAAAUCAUUGCACUAUAUGUAAGCAUGUUGGCAGGUGCUCAUUAUCGCAACACAUGGGAUGCAGUGUUUGCAGGACUCGGCUGAACUCGGGCAGAGCGCUGUCCAGAGUGCCGCUGUCUUUUACCAUGCUCUUGAUUUUUCUCUAUCUUUUUCACUGCUUGAGUGGAUUUUGCGACUCGGCACCAAAAAUCACGGAUGGACAAAAUCUGAUGAGAGACCACGUCCCGGGUAAAGUGCACGCAGUGCGCGCGGAGCUCCGCUGGAACGGGACCGUUUCCGCGCACGUUAGCGCACUCUCGGAGCUUCAGGAGUCGGAAAACGGCGGCGGGGAAAGUGGAAUACCUGUUUCAAACACGUAUGGAAGUAAGAGAUUUCCCCAGGCCAUCAUAAUUGGCGUGAAGAAAGGGGGAACCAGGGCACUGCUGGAGUUUCUGCGCGUCCAUCCAGAUGUGCGCGCUGUGGGCGCCGAGCCGCACUUCUUCGAUAGAUUCUACCACAAGGGUCUCGAGUGGUACAGGAACUUGAUGCCAAGGACCCUUGAUGGCCAGAUCACAAUGGAAAAGACACCCAGCUACUUUGUCACCAAAGAAGCCCCUUCCCGUCUGUGUGCUAUGAACUGCGACACCAAACUCAUUGUGGUGGUGAGGGAUCCAGUGACCAGAGCCGUGUCUGAUUACACACAAACUCGGACAAAAAGCCCUGGACUUCAGUCCUUCCAGACACUAGUGUUCAAAAACUGCAGCUUGGGAGUCAUUGACACCUCAUGGAGUGCUGUGCGCAUUGGCAUGUACGCCCAGCACCUGGAAAACUGGCUCCAACAUUUCCCGCUCUCCAGCUUCUUGUUUGUAAGUGGGGAGAGACUAGUGAGUGACCCAGCUGGUGAGGUGGGACGAGUGCAAGACUUCCUGGGUCUCAAGCGUAUUGUCAGUGACAAGCACUUCUACUUCAACCAGACCAAGGGCUUCCCAUGUCUGAAGAAGCCAGAGGGCAGUAGUAGGCCACGUUGCCUGGGGAAAUCCAAGGGUAGGACUCACCCUCACAUUCCAACAGAUGUGCUUCAGAAGCUCAGGGAGUUUUACAGACCCUUGAACCAUAAGUUCUAUCAGAUGAGCGGCCUUGAUUUUGGCUGGGACUGAAGCUUUGAAUGGGGAGUUGGCUUAAAAAGGCAACUUAACAAAUGCCAUUUGCACAUUUCAGUACAUUUACUUCAUUUACACACUUUUAAAAAAUCGAGGAAGCAUUAAUUAAUAUAACCAGAGGCAAUCCUAGAUCAUCCCAUGGUAUUAGAAUGUUUAGUAAGUAUUCAACAGGUUUUAAUAUGGUUCAUUAGGUCUUCUGGAUCCUAAUAUUAUGCAGUGCACAGCAUACUGUAUAUCAUGCAUAUUGCAAGGUGUUUCCUUUUAUUACUCACUUUGUAAAAUGGAAGCAGUGUGAGGUAGAGUCAUUUAACCAAAAGUAUUUCAUGAAUGAUACACUGCAUAUAGUAAUAUGCCUACACUGAAAUGUUGAUGAUGAAAAGACUUAAAAUAGAUUAAAAUAGCUAAAUAUUCAGAUUGUUAUGUCAUGCACAGCAUAAUUCAGUCCUUUCAGACCUAGUGUAUGACAGUAGGGACUUUACAAGACAUAUUGUUUUCUGGAAGGGUUGCUGAAAAGGUUAUCUUGUACUGUAUAUUUAAUUGUUUUAUGUAAAUAUAUUUAUCUAUAGCUAUUAUAUUGCAUAAGCAUUCUUUGACCACUAUUUUAGACUUAUAUCAUUUAUGUUUCACACCAAUAAUAUUUUUUUGAUUAGCUACUAUUGAUACAGAAUAAUAUGCUAUUUGAUAUUCAGCUGGGGUUACUGUCUGUGUGGAGUUUCCCCAAGAUCUCUCAGUGUCUGCCUAGGUUCCUUCCGGGUUCUCCAGAUUUCUCCCAUUUCCCCAAAACAUGUAGAUGGAUUGGCUACUUAAAAUUGGCCCUAAGUGGGAAUAUGCAUGGACAUGGUACUGUGCAAUGGGCUCACAUCUUAUUCAUAUCUCAUAUCCAGCCUCACAUCCAGCGCUCCUAGGAUAGGCUCUGGAUCCACCACCACCAUGACCAGGAAAAAGCGAUUAGUGAAGAUUAAUGAAUGAAUGAGUGAAUGAAUGAAUGAGUGUUUCAUAGAAAAAUUAUGCGCAGUGCAAUCUAAUUUGUGCAAAUCAGACUUGGCUUAUAUACGCAGUAACUGUGCUGCACAUAUUGUAUACAUGUUUUGUCAUUUACACUGCUAUGUAAAAAGUUCAGUAUUUUAAAAAAAUACCUUGUAGUUUUCAAUUCGAUCUAAUUUGGUCUUUACACAGUUCCUACUAAAGUCUUUUCAGUAUUAGCUACAGUGAAAUACAUGGAAUCAAAUUGGAAAUACAAAUGCAUUAGACCCAAUACAACACAACUUUCCAAGCUACAUAAUACCUCGAAUAAUGUAUGUCCUUUCUGCAGAGGAUGCGUGGGAAUAAAAAACAGGGGAAACAAAAGAUAAGCCUCAGGCUGAGCAUGUGUAGCAUCUCCCUCUGUCCCCUUAUUCCUUUAGUCUUUCUUAGUGAUGUAUAAUGUGCUUAGGCCUCUAAUUAUACAAUAUUUCAGAAAAGCAUUGUCAAAAACAUUUGUUUUUCCCAUAUCUUUCUCUUUUUGUGUGUAUAUGUAUACAGAAAAACAACAACUCCAUUUUGUUUGUAGAUGAUGUACAACAGAAUAUGUCAGAACUGUGACAAACUUUACAUACAGCAUUUUUGUCUUCUUCCUUUUUCUGAACUUCUGUUCUAUAACUGUAUGUGUAUAUUACGCUUUUGCCGCAUGCUCUGACUUCUGAGGUAGUUAGUUUUAACUAACUGAUUUAGGAAACAUUUUCCUGCAGUUUUCUGUAAUUUGUGUAAGUUUUGGCCAUAGAGGAUAUUAAAUUUUCAAUUCAAUUUUAUUUGUAUAGCGCUUUUAACAACGGACAUUGUCUCAAAGCAGCUUGACAGAAACAUAUAAACACAGAAUGGAGAUUUUAAGUGUGUGAAUUUAUCCCUAAUGACCAAGCCGGUGGCGACGGUGGCAAGGAAAACUCCCUAAGAUGCUAUGAGGAAGAAACCUUGAGAGGAACCAGACUCGAAAGGGAACCCAUCCUCAUCUGGGUAACAACAGAUAGUGUGAAAGGAAAAUAAAGUUCAUUAUGGUUUUUAUAUGAAGUCUGUUUGUUGAACUAGUUAAACUGCAUGUGGUAAUUGCAGCAACCGUAGUCAAAUGUCUUGAGUAAACAAAUAUGUUUUCAGCCUAGACUUAAACACUGAGACUGUUCCAUAUGUACUGUACAUGUACAACCACAGCUUACACAAAUUACUCAAAACUGUACAUGAACAUAUACUGUACAUUGCUAAUUUUCUUACCUCAUUAAUAUUGUUGUAAUGUCAUAUGCAUAUGAUGUACAUGGAGGACCAACUAUGUCUACAGUAAAUGUAAAAUAAAUAAAGUAAUAAUUACUAAUAAGACCGUGAAUAAAACCAAUUAUUUCAACUAUUAUACAA